AUGGCCAGCGAGGACUUCACCAAGCGCAAGCUCUGGGGCGGCCGCUUCACCGGCUCCACCGACCCCUUGAUGCACGAGUUCAACCAGUCGCUCAAGUACGACAAGCGGAUGUACGCGGCCGACGUAAAGGGCUCGAUCGCGUUCUCCAAGGCGCUGCUCAAGGCCGGCAUCUUGAAUGAGCACGAGCAGCAGGAGAUCACGCGCGGCCUCAAGCUCGUCGAGGAGGAGUGGGCGAACGGGACGUUUAAGAUUGCGCCCGACGACGAGGACAUCCACACGGCCAACGAGCGCCGCCUCUCCGAGCUCAUCGGCAAGGACAUUGGCGGCAAGCUGCACACCGGCCGCAGCCGCAACGACCAGGUCGCGACCGACAUGCGUAUCUGGCUGAUGGAGGAGACCAAGACGGUGGAGAAGUACCUUGCGAACCUGUUGAACGUGAUGGCGUCCCGCGCCGAGCAGGAGGUCGACGCCGUCAUGCCCGGCUACACGCACCUGCAGCGCGCGCAGCCGGUGCGCUGGUCGCACGUGCUGCUCUCGCACGCGCAGUCGUUCGCCAACGACCUCGAGCGCCUGCGCGAGCAGUACAAGCGCAUCAGCGUGCUUCCGCUCGGCUCGGCCGCGCUCGCCGGCAACCCGUACGGGCUGGACCGGGAGCUGCUGCGCGCCGAGCUCGGCUUUGAGAGCAUCGGCGAGAACUCGAUGCACGCGGUCGCGGACCGCGACUUUAUUACCGAGUGGCUCUUCUGGGCUUCGCUCAUGAUGAACCACAUGAGCCGCCUCGCCGAAGACCUCAUCAUCUACUCGACCGCCGAGUUUGGCUUCGUCACGUGCUCUGACGCGUACUCGACGGGGUCGUCGAUCAUGCCGCAGAAGAAGAACCCGGACUCGCUCGAGCUGCUGCGCGGCAAGAGCGGGCGCGUGUUCGGCCAGAUGGCCGGCUUCAUGAUGAGCGUCAAAGGCAUCCCCUCGACAUACAACAAAGACCUGCAGGAGGACAAGGAGCCGCUCUUCGACUGCGUGGACACGGUCGGCGCGGCGCUGCGCAUCGCCGAAGGCGUCAUCGCCACGCUGACCAUCAACCCCGAGAACAUGGAGAAGGCGCUCACGAUGGACAUGCUCGCGACCGACAUCGCCGACUACCUCGUGCGCAAGGGCGUGCCGUUCCGCGAGACGCACCACAUCUCGGGCCGCUCCGUCGCGCUGGCCGAGAAGAAGGGGUGCCAGAUCUCGGACCUCAGCAUGGACGAGUGGAAGGAGCUGUCGGACAAGUUUGCCGACGACGUCAUGGACGUCUUCAACUUUGAGAACUCGGUCGAGAAGCGCAACGCUAUUGGCGGGCCGGCGCGCGCCAUGAUCCAGCGCCAGGUCGAUGUGCUCCGCAAGCGCAUCAACCAGGAGUAGACCAUCAGCAUCUACAGUGAACUAUGCAUUAAAUACUGGUAUG